GUAAGAAAGGUGAUGUUUGUGUAUGGGAACCAGAGCGUUUUACUAAGGUCUGCUUGAAACAUCAUUCGCAUGGUGUUCUAUUUUCACGUGGUUUUUUAACUAGUCAUUGAUCAAUAACACGGUUGUCAAGAAACGAACAGAAUAAUCAUUUUUUAGAAGCUGUUUGGUUUUCCACAUGCGAGGAUGCUAAAGCACGUGCAUUUCUCGAGCUCUAGUUUGGUGCCUUAUCGUUGUAAGACGCCAACAAGGGACAAUGUUAGCCUUAGUUCAGCAUUAAGUUUUGGCAGCAGCGUGGGUCCUGAGCUGAUGUCUUCUUGGUCAUCAAGCACUUCAAGCCUUCAGGAAAUGAGCUCUCCAACAGAACCACCCAAGGUGAUGCUUAAGAUUUACACCCGUGUUUUAUGUGCCGACAUGGAAUACAAAACCCUGUGUAUCACCCGUGACACUACGAGUAAAGAAGUAGUCCGAGUACUACUAAAUAAAUUUCGGAUGAAACAUCGAGAUCCAAACUUAUUUUAUCUAACGAUGGAAGUUUGGAUGCGGAAAACAGGUAUUCCCAUCAGAAGUUUGAUGGUUCUUGAUGACGAAUCUCGACCUGCAGAGCUCCAGGCUUGCCAUCCAAUCGGAGAAACUAAACAACGCAUCUCGUUACGUCCGUUAUGUCGGUUCAUCUUGCAGAUGAGAAGAGGAGGUCUGGUUAAAAUAUACGAUGGUUGUUUGAUGGCAGAGUCCCUUUACAAAAGUCUUUUGGUGUCGGACAGGACAACUGUCGAAGAACUAAUACAGCUUAUUCUACAUUGUUAUAAUUCCAAGGAAAGGCCUAACUUGUUCUCCCUCUACGAAGUAUGUACCAGCAAACACUACGAAAGGAAACUCCAUCCAAAUGAUUAUCCAAUUUUUAUCCAAAACGCUUGGCCUGAUCCGAAACACUUUGCUUUUCAUCUGAGAAAAGAUAUGAUAGGAUAUCAGAAACGAAAAGAGAGCUUGGAAUCACAGUCAUCUCUUUGUUUUAGGCUAUAUGUUUGACGAUCAUUAUCAUUUCCACGAUAUCCAGAGUUAGAUUUUAUGGAACAAAAGCACAGAUGGUUCUGGCAAUGUCCACCUUUAGACUCAGUGCUGGAGGCAAGGUGAUUCCUUUGGCGAUUCGAUGUUCAACUUUGAAGCCAUCGUUAGACAGCUAUGAGAGCU